AUGGAAUCAACAACAGCAAGUGCCGUAUCAAAGGAACAAGUGACCAUUCAUGAAUAUCCAACACGGACAUUAAAAUCAUCCAGUGUUACCAGUCAACGACGUCGUUCAUUACUACCGGCCUAUCCAACACAUCAACAUGAUUCACGACCAGCAUUAUUACUUCUAGCCAAUGUCAAUACCAUCGAUCGGGAUUUAAUGGAAGUAUUAUCAUAUUCUGGUGAUAAUGAUCAUGGCAAUCUUGAAUAUUGUCCAUUCAAAAUGGAAAUUCAACCAAAUUAUGAAUUUCUCCCCUCGUUUCUCAUUGAUUUUUAUCAAAAAUUGUAUAUUGAUGCGAAUCGUCGAUGGAAAUUGAAAUUAUCGUUGAUCGAUUACAAUUUAACUCGACUACAUACAUGUAUGGACAAAUAUAGUAAACAAGUCGGUGAAGCCGCUACAGCAUCGAUCGAUGAGUUACCAUUAGCAUUGGAAUUUUAUUUACAGAUUGACGUCGAUCUAUUCUUUAUGAAAACAUGCGACUUUCGAGAUGCUCAACCACGAAUUAUUGGUGAACAAAAACAACGAGAAGGUAUUCUAUGUGAGCGAGAACCAUGUGCUCGUUAUGGUACAAAGCCAUGUGGUGGUAGUCGAUGUUUCUUAUGUAAACGAGACCGAAGAUCAUCUACCAACGGUGUCAUUCAAUUUUCCGAAAAACAAACACAUCGAUUUAUCAAUGGUUAUCAAGUCAUUCUUAAUUGUCCAGCUACGUGUGAGACAACCAAUAUUAUCUAUUCGUUGACGUGCCCAUGUGGUAACGCUGAUUAUAUUGGUUCAACAGCAACAUCACUUAUCGAUCGCAUAUCUGAACAUCGCGAAGAAGGCCAUCGAAUCAUUCGUGAAUUUCUUCUUGGACCAACAAAUAUGAAAUCGAUUUUUAAUCAAGAUAAACGAAAAAUAGAACCAUUGACUAAUUCAUACGAUCAAUUAUUGUAUCAACAUUCGGCACGUUGUUCACAUGGAUUACAACGUUUUCUAGAUCGAAAUCCCAGCUAUUGGUGUUUCGUUCCACAAUACCUUAGCAAUAUAAAAUUGGACAAUGUCAAUUAUUGGGCUUCGAAAGCCAAAAAUAAUCGUCCAACAACGACGGCAACGACAAUGAGUGCAUUUGCUGAUAUCACUGUUCUGGCUAAACAUACGACAAUGGCAUCACAAGUAUUACCAGUGACAGCAUCGGGCAAGCCGAUGUUUUUUGCAGCUGUAGUGGCUGAUAUGACACGAACAAAAGAAGAGACACGUCAAUUCGUUCGUGAUAUUCCACAUCCACCAUCGGGCUACGAAUUUUCUCUUCGACAACAACAAGAACAAUUCGAUUUUUUCCGAGAAAGAAAAGAAGCUCGAGUGUUUCCAACUGAUUUGGUCGAUCUAUACAAUUAUGCCAUUGUUGCUGUUCUGCCGGCGGAUUGUUCACGCAAUUUACGGAAAUUUAUCGAGUCAUUAUUCAGUGCACAUGCCGAAACGAACUUGAACUUGAUCGGUCGAUUAACACAUCAAUAUCCCAAUGCAUUGUUCGAUGGUUCAAGUCGUCAUAACUGGUGUUCAAAUUUAGUACAUCCAACCAUCGAUGAUAUGGAUAUUGACAUUGAGUCACUCUCUUCAUCAUCAUCGACAACGAACGAAAACAAAGUGGAGAAACCCGAUGAACAACAGCAAGAAACCAAUGUCACCAUUCGACUUGUCGAUUCUAUGAAAUGUUAUAUUCGAAUUUCACGAUGUCAAAUUGAUGACAGUAACAGUACACAAGCAACAUUUGAGCAACAAAUACGUGAACGACACCAAGAAGAAAAAUUCAAAUAA